AUGCUCUCUCUCUCUCUCCACUCAGCUGUCUUCACGGAGGUUCCUCAUGACAUCAUGACGCAGAGUGGUCAGGACGUGGAGAUGGCCUGUUCGUUCCGGGGGGCGGGCCCCUCCUACUCCUUGGAGAUCCAGUGGUGGUACAUGAAGAACCACAGAGACUGGUCAGAGAAACCCGCCUGGACCACCAAUCAGGUGAGACGCUGAGAGAAACGUUAUGGUCGCAGGGAGAAUGUUAUUUAAGGGAUAAUGUUAUUGGCCAGGGGUGACACCUAUGAGUUAUUGAAUCCGAGUAACUGUCUGUGAUUCUGUUCGACUUAGAGUAGCAGUGUUUGUGUUUGCUCAGGACUUCAUGAGAACAAUGAAACAAUAUAGACCCACCCACUAAGAGAUUAGUAACUGUCAACCCUGGUUUGUCUGUUGAAAGGUUACAAAUGGAGCCCUAAAUCCUAACUUGAGAUACGCGUGUCGGCAUGUGUAUAACCUCCUCCCUUACAGGUCAAUGCAAUAUUCACUUGACUUAUGUGCUUGUUUCUUAAAAGAGGAACCCUGUAUCUGAUUAUCAUCAUCAUGCAAAAAACAUUAAUUAAGCCCACAUAGACUUUGUUAACGCACUAUUGCCAUACAAAGAGAUAAUGUACAUUACUGUGGACAGAACUGAAUCGACUGAAUCCACAUUAGCCUACAAUACAGCAGGCAGAGGAAAUACAUUAGCUGUAGCCCUUGGCACGGGAAAGAAUAGAUAAUUGCUGAUUAGCAUUUUUCUAGCACUGUGGGAGCAGGUUGACUUCUCUAACUUAGGGAAACUCGAGCUCCUGCUGUGGUGCUAGACACUAUAAUUGGCACUAAGGAAGAAUUAGAUUUUCCACAUCUCUGUUCGAUGCAUAAUGCAUACCUAUGCCCCAAAAUAAUUCCUUCCCCUCCCCAACUUUCCCAGAUGUCUUCUUCACACGACACCCCGAAAUAGCUAGCUAGUGGAAACAACAACAACCAAGAAAUUAGGCUACCCAGUGCAACAGCAACCAAGAUAUUAGGCUACCCAGUGACAUAACAAAAAACAAGAUCUUAGGCUACGCAGUGACAUAAAAACAACCAAGAUAUUAGGCUACCCAGUGACAUAACAAAAAACAAGAUCUUAGGCUACCCUGUGACAUAAAAACAACCAAGCUAUUAGGCUACCCAGUGACAUAACAAUCAAGAUAUAAGGCUAUCCAGUGACAUAACAACCAAGAUACCUGGGCGGCAGGUAGCUUAGUGGGUAAGAGCGUUGUGCCAGUAACCGAAAGGUCACUGGUUCUAAUCGGCGAGCCGACUAGGUGAAAAAUAUUUUGAUGUGCCGUUAAGCAAGGCACUUAACCCUAAUUGCUCAUGUAAGUUGCUCUGGAUAAGAGCGUCUGCUAAAUGACUAAAAUGUAAAUGUAAUUAGCUACCCAAUAACAGAACAUCAACCAAGAUAUUAGGCUACCCAGUGACAUAACUUGCCGGGCUUUCCAGACUCCUUGCUCCGGAUGGGUUAGGCCAGAGCCAGAACACACGUAUGUAAAGCAGCGGUUUGAAAAUGUGUCAUUGGUUUUGAUAAUCUGAUUGGUUAGAGACGAUCCAAUUGCUGUUUUGUACAACACCCCUCCUCAUGCUAUGACAUAACAACAACCAAGAUAUUAGGCUACCCAGUGUGGAUAGGAAAUAGUUUAUUUGAUCACAGUGCUAAAGGUUUUGAAUUGCUGAUGUGUGAAAGCUAAAAUAUGUACACAGAACUACAUCCCAUUUUCAGGUGGUGGACUUUAACACAUUUUCAUUUGUUGAUGAUCGGACGUGUAACAUAUUUGAAAGUGUGUCGACAUAUUUCAAGUAAUAUUUGAUUCUUAUCUAUACUGAUACUGUAUGUCACUUGCUAAUGUUAUUUCAGCCAUAUGCCUGACUUCUUUCCAUCAAUUCCUUAUAGGUGGUUCCCAUGGAGAUGUCUAAAGAUGCCACCAAAAUAAGUGUGAGUAGACACAUCAGUGUACAGUACUGCACUGGAAACUAAAUUGGUGUUGCUAAACAUGAUUAACUCAUUGUCAACUUACAUACUAUUGAUACUGAGGAAUAUGAUUAAUACGCUUAUGAUUUACAAAUACAGUGGGGGAAAAAAAGUAUUUAGUCAGCCACCAAUUGUGCAAGUUCUCCCACUUAAAAAGAUGAGAGAGGCCUGUAAUUUUCAUCAUAGGUACACGUCAACUAUGACAGACAAAAUGAGAAAAAAAAAUCAGGAAAAUCACAUUGUAGGAUUUUUAAUGAAUUUAUUUGCAAAUUAUGGUGGAAAAUAAGUAUUUGGUCACCUACAAACAAGCAAGAUCUCUGGCUCUCACAGACCUGUAACUUCUUCUUUAAGAGGCUCCUCUGUCCUCCACUCGUUACCUGUAUUAAUGGCACCUGUUUGAACUUGUUAUCAGUAUAAAAGACACCUGUCCACAACCUCAAACAGUCACACUCGAAACUCCACUAUGGCCAAGACCAAAGAGCUGUCAAAGGACACCAGCAACAAAAUUGUAGACCUUCACCAGGCUGGGAAGACUGAAUCUGCAAUAGGUAAGCAGCUUGGUUUGAUGAAAUCAACUGUGGGAGCAAUUAUUAGGAAAUGGAAGACAUACAAGACCACUGAUAAUCUCCCUCGAUCUGGGGCUCCACGCAAGAUCUCACCCCGUGGGGUCAAAAUGAUCACAAGAACGGUGAGCAAAAUUCCCAGAACCACACGGAGGGACAUAGUGAAUGACCUGCAGAGAGCUGGGACCAAAAUAACAAAGCCUACCAUCAGUAACACACUACGCCGCCAGGGACUCAAAUCCUGCAGUGUCCUCCUGCUUAAGCCAGUACAUGUCCAGGCCCGUCUGAAGUUAGCUAGAGUGCAUGUGGAUGAUCCAGAAGAGGAUUGGGAGAAUGUCAUAUGGUCAGAUGAAACCAAAAUAUAACUUUUUGGUAAAAACUCAACUCGUCGUGUUUGGAGGACAAAGAAUGCUGAGGUGCAUCCAAAGAACACCAUACCUACUGUGAAGCAUGGGGGUGGAAACAUCAUACUUUGGGGUUGUUUUUCUGCAAAGGGAACAGGACGACUGAUCCGUGUAAAGGAAAUAAUGAAUGGGGCCAUGUAUUGUGAGAUUUUGAGUGAAAACCUCCUUCCAUCAGCAAGGGCAUUGAAGAUGAAACAUUGCUGGGUCUUUCAGCAUGACAAUGAUCCCAAACAGACCGCCCGGGCAACGAAGGAGUGGCUUCGUAAGAAGCAUUUCAAGGUCCUGGAGUGGCCUAGCCAGUCUCCAGAUCUCAACCCCAUAGAAAAUCUUUAAAGGGAGUUGAAAGUCUGUGUUGCCCAGCGACAGCCCCAAAACAUCACUGCUCUAGAGGAGAUCUGCAUGGAGGAAUGGGCCAAAAUACCAGCAACAGUGUGUGAAAACCUUGUGAAGACUUACAGAAAACGUUUGACCUGUGUCAUUGCCAACAAAGGGUAUAUAACAAAGUAUUGAGAAACUUUUGUUAUUGACCAAAUACUUAUUUUCCACCAUAAUUUGCAAAUAAAUUCAUAAAAAAUGCUACAAUGUGAUUUUCUGGAUAUUUUUUUUUCUCAUUUUGUCUUUCAUAGUUGACAUGUACCUAUGAUGAAAAUUACAGGCCUCUCUCAUCUUUUUAAGUGGGAGAACUUGCACAAUUGGUGGCUGACUAAAUACUUUUUUUCCUCACUGUACAUUAUCUUCUGCCACAGGUGGUAAAAGUGGCCGGGAGCAACAUCUCCCACAAGCUUCGCCUCUCCAGCAUCAAGCGGUCGGACGAGGGCACUUACGAGUGCCGCGUCAUUGACUUCAGCGGCAGCGUGGCGCAACACCACCGCGUCCGGGCCUACCUCCAGGUAGAGGCUGAACGAAGCCUGGGCCACGGGUCGGCAGACACCCAGCAUCAGGAGCCUCGGCACAGGGGACAGGGGAGCCAGGCGGACCUACACCAAAAAGAGGGCCGGGAACUGAAGAGGCGUUCGGCCGAUGACAGCACUACGGACUGCACUGAGAGCUGUGUGCUCUAG